AAAUGCUUUUUUCGGAUGAUCAAUAAAUAUAAACUUAUUCUUACUUUGGAUGCAAUGGGCAAUAGUUGGUCCAACAGGAAUGCCACUUCCAACCAAAACGUGCCAAACGGAACUCUUGGACCUCGACCUCCGCAAAACGCUGCUCAAAGAAACGAAAUAAACCCCAGAAUGUUAUUUUACAAUUCGGAGUUUGCUUGGAACUUUGGAGAAAAUGUAUUUGAAGGUCUAAGUCCAUAUAACUCGAAUGCUUUGGACAUUCCACCUCCCUCUGUAGUGCACGAACGAACUGUUAGAAAUGUGGUUCGUCUGUCUAAAAGCUCAUUGCAAUUGGUUCCAAGCACUUUGCCCAAGUGUUACGUUUUACAGUUUCACUUUGAUACUCUAGUUGAUUGUGGGAUACUUACAUAUUUCUUGGCGAAAGAAUUCCAAGAUGAUCAUUUGCUUUCUUUUUCUUCACAGUGUUGCAGUCAACCUUCGAUACAAUACUUUCGUGCUGGACUAGGCCAGACAUAUCGUCAAGGAGAAGCUGAAGCUCUUAACUUUUCCAAGGUCGCUAAGGAGAGCCUUGUUUAUCGUGAAACCGACGAAUAUCCGGUGAUAGUUGAAAUUAAGUGUAAUCUAUCAAACACUGGACAAGCUGGCACUUUAGGAACUGAACUUUCGAGUCGUUCCGAAAAUAGUACGAAUGAAGAGAUCGAGGGAUAUUACAUUUAUUUAUCUCUUGACAAAGAGCAAAUAUCUUCUGGUACAUUCCCUUUGAGGGUUAUAAAACAGAAAAUCAUCGUUCAUGGAGUUAUCUAUGAGUUGGAGGAAAUUUAUGGUAUUGACAGCGGAAAUACAGCGACAGCACAGGGUUGCGUGUCGAGUACUUGCUACUCUGAAGAUGGUACAAAUUGUGCAAUAUGUUUGUCGCAACCAAGAGAUACUGCCCUUUUACCUUGUAGACACAUGUGCCUUUGUUCCGAGUGUGCACAAAGGCUUCGCUUUCAGUCUAAUUCCUGUCCCAUCUGUCGUCAAUCAGUCCAAUCCUUUUUACAGGUCAAAGGUUUGCAAAGUCAUAAAAACAAUUAAGGCGGUGACGAAGUAUGAGAUAAGGCCUUAUUCCGAAGACAUGGCAUCGAUGGAGGAUCGAGACCAAAAGCAGCACAAAGCCGAUUUCUUUGUUCUUUCAGCAUGGUCGGGGAAUUCUUAUCCCAUCCGACUUGUUCUAAAAUUUGUAUAGCUUGUUUAUAGUUGCUCUCUCCGAGAGUUUGCAUAAAGUGAUCCUCGUAUGUCACUAGUUGAACUUGCAUUCUAUCAGAAACAGACUGUCUCACUUUUGCGUAGGGAUGAAGUAAGUACAGCAUCAGACGUUGAAGAGCGACAUGGCCAAUGCCGUUAUUAUUAUUAUUAUUAUGAACCAAGGCUUCCACCAGCAUUUCUGUAAAAGUCAAAAGCAGGUUGAUGUCUUUUGAAGAUUUUGUACAUUGAAUGAGAAUAACAAACAACUCGUUUAGAAUACUUUCUAUUUCCGAAUUAAAUAAUUCAGUUGUCUC